UAUUGAAGUACGCACACACACACACACACAUGCACACACACACGUCUUUCAUGUCCCACCCACUUCUUAAAAGUUAACUACGCCACUGAGAAAGACCCAUUUCUGAACACUGUGAAUCAAAGUUGACUUCUGUCUAAUUUAUCGGUCAGUUUGAGAUUGAGAAACCAGGAUGUCCCACACUGUCAUACCCAUGAACUCUUCAACACUCAUCAUUCAGCUGCAACCAGCAACACAAACAGCACCUGGGACGACGGUCACAAAUGCUCCUGGGACGACGGGAGUUUCACCUCUUCAAGGACUUCAGAAAUUUCUGAAAGGACAACCAAAAGCCCUUGGGACGGUCCAGAUAAUGAUCGGUGUGAUGACUUUCCUGUUUGGCAUUGUGUCUACAGUUUAUGCAGUACCCAUCUUUGUCUAUACUGGUGUUCCUUACUGGGGAUCAUUCAUCUACAUUGCCGCAGGUUCACUCUGCAUUGCUGCAGAAAACAAAAUUAAUUCACCUUCCAGUUUGUGUUUGGUGAAUGCUUCACUGGGAAUGAACGUUUUCAGUACGAUAACCGCAGGCAUUGCCAUUAUUUUACUUUCACUAGACUUUGUUAUAUGGCCAUACCAUUACUGCGAUGAUUCUUCCUGUUAUUUAGAGGAACAGUAUGAUACUCUCUUCAGGGGAAUCAGAGGGGUAUUAAUGUUAUUCGCCGUGUUCGAGUUUAUCAUCUCCAUCUGUCUGUCAGCAUUUGCCUGUAAAGCCAAUGCCUACAGUUCUCCUGCUCUGGUGCAGUUUGCGCAGGUUUUAUCACCUCAGUCCUCUGAUUUCACGCGUUUCCAUGAUCUUAACAGCUAAGAGAUACCUGUGGCAAGCAGCUCUUCCAUUAAUCACCAGACUGCAGACACUCCUCCACAAUACAGUGAAUCCAAAUAAAUAUGAAUAAGUGGGCUGUUACCUUAUGAAACAAAAUAUAUGGGAAUGUAUUAGAACAGUGGUCCCAAACCUGUCCUAGAGGACCCCCUGUCCUGAACCUUUUGUAUGUCUUCUUCAUCUAACACACCUGAUUCCACUCAUCAGUUCAAUAAUAGAGACUGUGAAAACUAAAUAUGGUGUGUCCGAUUAGGGAGACAUACAAAUGUGAAGUGAAAGUUGUGACAUUUGCCAAGUAUGGUAGCCCUCGGAAUUGGUGCUCUGCAUUUAACCCAUCCAAGUGCACACACACACAGCGGUGAGAAGGGAACACACCGUGAACACACGCCUGGAGCAGUGAACACACACACACACAGCAGUGGGCAGCUAUAGAUCCAGCACCCAGGAAGCAACAGGGGGUUCAGUGCCUUGCUCAGGGGCACUUCAGUCAUUGGUAUUGAGGGUGGAAGAGAGCACUGUUCAUUCACUCCCUCCACCUACAACUCCUGCCAGCACCGAGACUCGAACCAGUGACCAUCUGGUAACUAGUCCGGCUCUCUAACCAUUAGGCCACAGCUGCCCCAUGUGCAGGGCAGUGGGUCCUCCAGGACAGGUUUGGGAACCACUGUAUUAGAAAAUAUAAUGCGAUAUAUUACAUAAUAUACUUAUAUAUUGUUAUCUUAUAUCUUUCAACAUACUACAGUAUAUAUCGCAACACAAUUUGAAAUGUAUUAGCUUUAUUAGAACAUUCAAUUUCCAUUUCAAAAGUUAAUUAUUAGGUUCACAUAUAGCUCAGCACAAACUUUUCUCUCACUUUAUUGUUGUCACAUUGCAUAGUCACACAUUCAGUAUAUGAAAAUAUGUGUGACCUAUAAAAGAAAACUACUGGAAAAAUUAAAAGUUUUGGACUUUUAGAUGAUCAGAUGUCUGGUUAGAAUCAUUGCAACAUUAUGUGUGUGCACAUACUCACGGUAUCAUUUUAUCACAUAUAUAUCUAGAUAUUGCAAAGAAUGUUAUUGAGGACAUACAUAAUGUAUUAGGUAAUCAAUAAUGUACUAUUCACUGUAUUUUCAAUAUACAUUAAACAUUGAUUGUUAAUAUAUGACAA